AUGACACAAAAUUUAAAAAGCACAGGCAUCGAAAGGUUUUGCUAUAAAAUUCAAGUCCAUUUCUUGAAAAUUUUACACUUAGACGCCAGCUUAAUACAAAUAGUUGCCGAAUACAAAGAUACAAAAUUUGAAACACUCCCUAGGUAUUAUGAUAUUUUCCAAGGAAGAGCAAUCAUUGAGCAACCAUUAACUUUUAUUAUCAAUAAGCAAGAACCUGAAAACGGCUGAAUCAAUUUUUUUAUUGUUGAAAAGCAAGCAAAACUCCCUGUAAAAUUAGGAAAAUGCGAAUUGAAGUUACCAGAAAAAAUCACCAACCAAGAAACAUUUCGGAGAUUAGAAAUCCCGAUUGAGGAAUGCAGCGAUAAAUCAGCCAAGCUAAGCAUCACGACUUGCGUGCAGAUGCUUUCACAUACGCAUAGCUCGAGCUUUUCAUCUGAAGAUUAUUCAAAGAAAAUAGAUGAAAUAAACUUAUUAGUAUCAGAUAUUGUUAUAGAAGACGAUUAUUUGGUAAAAAGAGAAUAUUUCAGGCCAAAAGAAAUUGUAACUUCUGAUAAUAAGAAGGCAGAUGAGCCAGCUCAUGUACCGAAGAUAAAUGAAAAAGAAAAUCUUCCUGAAUUUGAAAAAAGUUUAGAAAGAAUUGAGGUGGUAAAGCCUAUAGAAAGUAAUUUUAUUCUUGUUGGAGACUCGCCAUUACUUUCUCCAAAAAAAGCACUUGGGAGUCGAAAUCUUGCAUGAAAAUCAAAAAAAGUAGAAAUAGGGUUAAAUAGAAGCCAAAAUUACUCACCAAUCCAAGCCAAGCUUGAGAGAAGAUUAAGAGGAUACUCAGAUGACGAUAUAAAGUAUAAAUACCAAGGUGACUCAGAAAGCUCAAGUUCGGAUGAAGAGCCGAUUGAUAUUACAAAUGUAUUGACGAAUACUAGAAUGCCAAAGCGUACAAUGUCUGAAACAAAACCAAACACAAACACAAAAGAGGAGGAGAUUGAAAUAAAAGAGAUCCAAGCAGAAUUAAGAGGAAAAGCCAGACUUGGAUAUUGCUCUAAGUGUAUCCAUUUGUUCAUACUGUUGAUAUCUCUCAAUUUAAAUAAAAGUAUCUGUAUAUUCAAUACAAUUCGAAAAUAUUAUAAUUUAA